CUCCUAUUGCCCUGAAGAGUCAUGGCAUUGGUCACGGAAAGCUAGUCACGUCACACCCCUCCAAGAAAGAAGACAUCUGUAAGGGUGACUACAAGUACAGCGAGGAUAGAGUUGUCGUCGACGGUCAACUGAUUACAAGCCGCGGCCCGGGCACGGCCUUUGAGUUUGCCUUGGCCAUUGUCGAGAAGCUGGAGAACAAACAAGCUGCAGAAAAGCUGGUGCCGCCAAUGUUGGUCAAAGUGUGACCCGAGCCAUCACCACCGAAGAGUUGUUAAUUGCCCUAACCCAUCUGUUUCGUUGCUGCUGGCAGGUCUAGCCAUGGUUAGAGUUAGUGUAUUUCCUUACUUCUGACGAAAUAAAUUGCAUGCCCAUUUUC